AUGGCAGAGUGUAAAGCGUUGAAAAAUAUCCGUCACAGGAAUCUUUUAAAAGUCAUAACUUCUUGCUCAAGUAUUGAUUUCAAGUUAUGGGAUCUUGUUGUUAGAGAUGGUAACAAGGAAAAGGCCACAGACCUUAUGUUUGAGGAAGGCCUCAAUCUUCACAAUUUUGCUAAAAUGGCCUUGCCUGAAGGGGUUGGACAUUGUCAAUCCAGUACUUCUAAUGAGGUUGAAGAGGUUACUGCUACUAAUCAUAUACUGCUCGUCCCUGUUGUGUUCCAUAAGUCAGCUAAUGGAGUGAAAGUUUAUCCCAGUGCUGGAGACUGUGCAAGUUUACUGGAGUUGGUGGAAAUUGAUGUUGAAGAAGGUGCGAAGCUGUUAUCAAUAAUUGUUCCAGCUUGUUUCAACCAAAAAACAAGGCGGGAAAUCCAGACUGAUGCUGCAAAUGUGGAUCUGAGAUCUAGGUCCUAUUUGUACAAAUUUGGCUGUAAGAUAGCACCAAUGAUUGGUGAUCGAACAAUUGGAAAGAUGCUCCUGUCUACAUUUCGGAUGAGGUUAAAAGACUUUACCAAGGCACACACCAUGGCUUAUGCAGUGGCCCAAAUCUUGAUGGUUUUAACAAAAGAAGACACUAACUUGUAUGAAGCGACAAACUCCAUGGCAAACUUUAAAAAGUGGCGGAUAGGUGGCCUCAGAUUUCAGAGCGCCUCAGUUCUUGGGGGAAGAGGAAACCAAUUGAGGAGUUUGACAGGAGGUGUCCCACCAUUUCUUGGGAAUCUUACCUCCCUGGAAAAGAUAUCUAUGGCUUCAAAUGCUUUUGAAGGAAAUAUUCCAAAUACAUUGGGUCAACUAAAAAAUUUAACAAGUCUUCUAAUUGGUGGAAACAACCUAUUUGGUGUUGUCCCUCCUUCUAUAUACAAUCUCUCCUCCCUUGUUAAUUUUUCUUUGUCUCAGAAUCAACUUGAGGGAAGUCUUCCACCAAAUUUGGGCCUUACUCUUCCUCGUCUCCAAUUUUUUCAGAUAUCAAACAACUCAUUUCGUGGAUCUAUUCCGGUAUCUUUAUCCAAUGCUUCAGAACUCCAACAUAUUGAGCUGGAAAGAAAUAAAUUUUCAGGAAAAUUUUCCGUUGAUUUUGGAGACAUGCAACACCUUCAAUGGCUAAGUUUGAACAAUAAUAAUUUAGGAAGUGGGGAAGGUGAUGAGAUGAGUUUUAUCGACUCUUUGGCCAACUGCAGCAAUUUGAGGACGUUCUCCAUAGCUGAAAACCAAUUCAAAGGACCCUUGCCCCAUUCAAUAGGUAACCUUUCUAGUACUAAACUGCAACGUUUAUUCGUUGGUGGGAAUAAAUUGUAUGGAACAAUCCCAUCAGGGCUAGGUGGCCUUCUUAACUCGACUUUGUUGUGUAUGCCUUUUAACAACUUUUCAGGCACAAUUCCCGAAGAAUUAGGUGAAAUUCCGAGUCAACUUAGUCUUUGUUUUAGUCUAGAAUCACUUUCAAUGGAUGGCAAUGCUUUCCAAGGAUUUAUACCUACAUCAUUGAGUUCUCUAAGAGGUAUUCGAAUCAUUGAUCUUUCUCUCAAUAAUUUGUCUGGUCAAAUUCCAAAAUUCUUAGAGACUCUCCCUUUGGAUUCAAUAAUUUUGAGGGUGAAGUGCCAUCAAAAGGAGUUUUUGCAAAUGCAAGUUUAA